UGAGUGACUGAACUGAAGUGAACUAACAUACAAAAAGGAAAAAACUCAUAGGGCAAUAUUUAUCUGCCUCAGGAUGGGGAAAUAACUUUCUAAACUUAAAAGCCAUGAAAGGCAUUACAUAGGAAAAACUCAACUUUUUAAUAAGACUGAAAUGAAUGUCAAAAAUCAUUUUAAACUAAAUAUAAAUUUAAGAAAUGGAAAACUGGGAAAAAACUAUAACUAAAUUCAACAAGAGGUUUCAUAUGUAAAAUAUUCAUAUGAGCAGUUUGUAAAAUAUUCAUAUACUAUGUAAAAUAUGUGAAAUAUUCACAUAAUAUGUAAAAUGUUCACAUAAGUAGAUGAGGCGAAACACUAGAAGCAUAUUAGAGAAAAAUGGGCAAAGCAUACGAACCAGUGUGUGUGAUAAAAUCCAAAUGGGGCUAGCAUUCAUUGAAGAAAAAAAAAUCAAUCUUAGUAGUAAUCCAAGACGUAUAAUUUAAAACUUGGGCUACUCUUUUUCACUUACAAAUUAAAAGAUUUUUUUCAGAGCAAAGUUAAUAGUAAGGAUGUAAAGUGAUAUCUUUCUGGAAAAUUUUGGCAAUAUGAGUUAAGGAUCUUAAAAUGUUUAAACUUUGCAAUGUGGUAAUUCCAUUUCUAAAUGGAGAAAGGUAAGAGGAGAAAGGUUGCAGUGUGUGCUGAUGAUUUUACUUAUUUUUUUAAUAAAAAUUUUUGGAGUGUGCCCUAUGUAAAGUACCAAGAUCCUUUGGAAAAUAUGAUGAUGAUCAAGACAUAGACAAUGCUCUCAAAAUAUUUUCCUAUGGAAGAUAAGACAAGUAUAGAAAUAACUGUAGAGACUGAGAAUACAAUUAAGUUAAAUAUAAAUUUUUCUACAUCUUGGUUUUUUCCUCCAUAAACUGGGGAUAAUGAUAAUACCAGUUUUAUAGACUAGUUGUGAGGUUUGAAUGAGAUACUUUACAGACCAUGCUUUAAAAAAACCAUGACAAAAUGAAGUGCAGAUAAAGGUGAUGCUUGCUGUUGUAGAAAUGAUAAAUGCUGAAAGAGAACUAUAGAAAAUCAAAGAAGAGAUUGUGCUUUUUUGGGAGCAGUAAAGGAAGAUGAGGAGUCAAGUUCAUCCACUUAGGAAGCAGUGGGAUUUAGGGACUGAGAAGUAAGGAGAUUUUGGAAGAGAAGUGGGAAGAAGGAGACAGUUUGACAUUUAAUGUCGUUGUUUUAGUUGCUAAUUUGUGUCUGACUCUUUCCACAGCCAAGCUCCUGUGCCUGUGUCCGUGGGAUUUCCCAGGCAACAAUACUGGAGUGGGUUGCCAUUUCCUUCUCCAGGGGAGAAGCCAGGAGUAUACUGGCAUUGUUUUGAGACACAGCCAGGAAUGUGUUUGGAACAGAGAGAGCAAAGAGUCGGAUAGAAAGGGGUUUUGUUUUCAAUACCACCCUGAAGACACUACAUUUGAGAUAUCUGUCCAGGACUGGGUAAUUCAAUAUACCUCAAGUGGACAGAGCCAAAGGUCAACUGAGGAACAUCAUAGACUUGCAGGCUCAGCCACCAGCAGUUCUGAGCAAAGCUUCUGCCCAGACUGGAUUCCGCUGGAGAAGCAGCAGGCCUAAGCAGUACCAUUAGCUCAUUGUAUUAAAGUCCACUGGUCAUUCCUUCUGACUCACAGAUCCUCAAACUGUUUUUGAAAAAGUAACAUUUUCCAGCAUCCUCACCUAUCCAGAAUAUACAGAAAAACUUGGCAGUUUGUUUCUUAUUAAUGGAAGCUAUGAAGUCCAGUUUUGCUCGGAACCCAAGUUGUAGCAUAAUGAUAUUUCAUCCAACCAAAGAAGAGUUUACUGAUUUUGAUAAAUACAUCACUUACAUAGAAUCGCAAGGGGCCCACCGAGCAGGCUUGGCUAAGAUAGUUCCACCCAAGGAAUGGAAAGCCAGACAGACCUACGACGAUAUCGAUGACAUCUUAAUAGCCGCUCCGCUGCAGCAGGUGGUCUCUGGGAGGGCAGGUGUGUUUACUCAAUACCACAAAAAGAAGAAAGCUAUGACAGUGGCAGAGUACCGCCGCUUAGCAAAUACUGAAAAAUACCAGACUCCAUUCUACUCCGAUUUUGAGGAAUUGGAGCGAAAAUACUGGAAAACCCGCGUGUACGAGUCCCCGAUAUACGGCGCGGACAUCAGUGGCUCUUUGUUUGAUGAAAACACGAAGCAGUGGAACCUGGGGCACCUGGGAACCAUCCAGGACCUGCUGGAGCAGGAGUGCGGGGUGGUCAUCGAGGGCGUCAACACUCCCUACCUGUACUUCGGCAUGUGGAAGACCGCCUUCGCCUGGCACACGGAGGACAUGGACCUUUACAGCAUCAACUUCCUGCACUUCGGGGAGCCCAAGACCUGGUACGCGGUGCCGCCCGAGCACGGCUGGCGCCUGGAACGCCUGGCCCGCGAGCUCUUCCCGGGCAGCUCGCGGGACUGCGAGGCCUUCCUGCGGCACAAGGCGGCGCUCAUCUCGCCCACGGUGCUCCGGAACAACGGCAUCCCCUUCGGUCGGGUCACGCAGGAGGCGGGCGAGUUCAUGGUCACCUUCCCCUACGGCUACCACUCUGGCUUCAACCACGGCUUCAACUGCGCCGAGGCCAUCAAUUUCGCCACCCCGCGCUGGGUCGAUUAUGGCAAAGUGGCCUCGCAGUGCAGCUGCGGCGAGGCGCAGGUGGCCUUCUCCAUGGACGCCUUCGUGCGCAUCCUGCAGCCCGAGCGCUAUGAGCUGUGGAAGCGCGGGCAGGACCGGGCGGUGGUGAACCACGCCGAGCCCGCGGCGCCGGGCGGCCGGGAGCUGAGCGCCUGGAGGGAGGUGCAAACGCUGGGACCCAAGUACUACCCGCCUCGCCGCACCGCCCGCCGACGUCAGCCCGUGUCUUCAAGAGAGGGCACCGACCCCAGAGCCCCUGUGUGGGCCAUGUCCCUGCGCCCCUUGCCUGCCCGGGGUUCCUGCCCCGCCUCCCAGUUGGACGCUGUCACCCGCAGGAGCUCACGGAAGCCCAGCCAGACCUGUCCGCUCUCGCCAUGUCAGUCGGUGGCGCAGUGUCUCCACCCAGUCGGCAGAUGUGGUUCUCGUCGUCGUCCUCGGGAAAAGGGCACUCGCGAGCUGACUGCCCCCAUCAGAGCUAAGAGGGGCCUCGCUCUAGACCCCAAGGCUCGGGACCUCAAGGCUCAACGCCUGUCUGCAAAGGGACGGAUGGACAACCCUGCCCCAACGAGCCCUGGACUCUAGCCUCCUGCUAAGGCCUCCAGAACCUGGAAUCGUCAGACACUGCUAACUCCUGUGUCACCAGCUGAGGCUUCAUCCACUGGACACUCUAGUGACCCUGUGAACUAGGUCCUGCUGAGGUCACCAGAGCUGAUCUACCUCAGAUCCCAUCCCGUGGGCCAGCUCUGGAUGCUGCCUAGCUUCUGAAGAAUCCUGGGAUUUGAGUACUCUCCGACUUCUCUCCGUUUCUUCUUCCUACUUCCUUUUUUCCCACCCCUUGCUUUUGCCACACAAAGCUCUUUUGACCAAUUAGGUCAGUAGAGGUUCAGAUAAUAAUAUAGAAUAUUUCUGAGUCUUUAAUUUAUUGAAAAAAUGUUCUCUGCCAGUAUUUGUUUGCAACUAUUAUUAAAGGCAACCAAAAAGUUAACAUCUGA